GCCAAAAGAAGUGAAAAAUUGUUGUCACUAUUAAUGAAGCCGUAUUAAGUGCCAAUCUAAUUAAUUGUUGUAAGUUAUAAAUAAAACUUUACAAAAUUAUUGUCACUAUUAAUGAAGCAUUACUUAGUGAAACCAUAUUAAGUGCCAGAAAAGUUAAAAAAAAACGAGCCUUUGGAUAACAAUGAGAGAGAACCUCCCACCUCUCACUAGAACUCCGACAACUUCUUAGCUUUUCCGGCCAUGUAUGGGGAUCUCCGCCCUACACGCCGGCAAAACAUUCCCAAUGGAGAGUUCCAUUCAGCUCUUGAUUUCAAUCACCGGAGCCGUGACACUUUCUACCCCAUCUACAGCUUUUGGGAUCCACGACAAGACAAACACAACCACCAUGGCUACCCAAGAACAAGGCCUGAGGUACGUCCAAUCUUGAAGGGGGAUUUCAAGCCUCAACAGAGACGCCGGCGGACCUCCUACUUUAACUCAUCAGAAAGGAAUCCAGCUUAUGAAGCCGGAAACCAAACCAGAUUUUUUAGCGACAGGCAAUUGUCCACUCUCAAGCGCGUGGACUACCCAGACCGAAAUCUCCUGGGACGACAAGGCUAUGCUCAAAGUCUCAACCGACCUUCACCGGGUUAUCGAAACACAAGGAAUCCGGAGGAAUCCUAGUGCGAAGUCAGGCGCAUAAGUCGACGCCGUUCUCCUCACCCUGCUCUGCAAACCACGACACCUAUCUACAGAUUAUUAGGCAUCGAUUCCACUCCAGGUAACCCAAAUCGCUUCAGUUUGUUGGAAAUUGCAGAUGAGCCGCCUAUUUCUUAUUCUCCGGCGAUUGAACAAAUACCCAGCUCCAAUCGUUUCUACAGCGCAAGCAAUAGAAAUCGGACUGAAAAGAGCGAUAUCCUGAGAAUUAGAGGUGUGACCUCAUCUCUGAAUCCACCAUCACCGGGAAAAAUUGAUGGUAUUACAAGGGACGGACGAAAUUGUCACAACCGCAAUAUUAACAGAGCCUUUCACUCGGGGAACGAGGAAGCAUAUAGCCGAAAACUGGUGGCCAACUCAAAUCACAGGCAGCAGACCUCAGCGUCGGAGGCUCCAUCAACUUCUGCACCGGGUCCAUCGCCGGUGGCUGCAAUCGUCUCAUCCCCUGGACCUACGAGUAUGAAGCCCAUCAAUGACAGCGUGUUCGUCGAGGACACAUCGACUGGCAACGCACCAUCCUUCACAUGGGCAGACAUGGUAAGAUCUGCUAUGGACAAAAAACCGGACAAGGUCACCAGCGAUGUUCCCUCCUCCAGUGAAAAAGAAAUAAUUAUAUUUGACUCUGCCCAAAUGGACCCGGAAGAAUUAGUACUCACAGGUCCAGAUAUUUUAAUCAAGGAAACCGACAACUUUGAAUUCUACGGAGAAGAAGGGUUUGAUUCUCUUAAAAUUGGAUCUACACUCUUCAGAUUUGCGGUCAAAAAUGAAGAAAUUCACAUUUUUUAAAUUAAAAAAUCCUUGCUAUCCAGGAUUAAUUUCAGCACAGAGUUAGGGCCUCACAUCUAUAAUUUUGUCAACCAGUUCGCAAUCUCAGGAAAUUUUAAAUCUAGGCAGAUCAGAAAAUUUGGUCUGAUCAUGGUUACUCUGGGAUUCAACAACACAUGCUGAUACCUGAAGAUCAAUAAAGAAAAGAGGAGCUCUAUCCUAAUUCCAAUGGGCCCACACAAUUCCAACCUCAAAGAUUUCUUGUCAACUUUUUCUAAUUUUGUGAGACUAACUAAUUCGGUGCAGGAACCUCCAAUGCAUUUGGAACAGGAGUCUUCGGCACGCACUGAGGAAACUAUCUCCAAGCUCAUAUUCAAUUUUGAAGUACAAAGAGCUUAUGCUAUAAAACACCUGCCCCACUCUUCUGAGAAGCAACCCAUGAUACCCCGGCUGCCACAGAUCCACACGUACUCAGACGCCUCUGAUAGUUUUGAUUAUUUUGACGACUCUUUCUUCCAAGACGACUUUUUAGGACACGCAACCGAAAGUGAUCGUCGUCCUCCUAUUUCAUACCCCGAAGAAAUCCGGAAAUCCAAAUUCAACAGUGCAAUUUGCUGCAAAGCUAAUUUCGUAACCUUAGAAAAUUGUUUGCCAACAGACAAUUUGAACACACAACUCAAGAUUGAUAGGAAAUCUCAAAAAAAAAACAAAAGGCGCCACAACAUGAGGAUUAGAUCUCAGUCCAGAGAUUUCCCUUGGGAGUAGUUUUUAGUUUUGUUUAGUUUUUUUAUGUACCAUUUAUCUUAC